GCUCAGGCCAGAUGUGGGAACUGUUGCAUCACAUCAAUGUUUCCGGACUGAGGGGAAGUCUGGAUUUUUUUUCUCUUUGCACAACUCAGGGAGAGUGAGGGGAACAAGGCAGAUCGGCCGGUGCCCGGGAUAAUCGCGGCGCAACAUCUGGAGGGGAAGAGAAACGCAAGCGCCCGGAAGCGUCUGGAAGCGCCUCUCACUCCAGCAGCAGCAGCUGCAGCCACAACUCCAUCCCCACUGCCAUGUCAUCUAGUGCUGCGCUGCCUGCCGGGGAGACCCUCAGUGUGCUGCCUGCCGGGGAGACCCUCAGUGUGCUGCCUGCCGGGGAGACCCUCAGUGUGCUGCCUGCCGGGGAGACCCUCACUGUGCUGCCUGCCGGGGAGACCCUCACUGUGCUGCCUGCCGGGGAGACCCUCAGUGUGCUGCCUGCCGGGGAGACCCUCACUGUGCUGCCUGCAGGUACUGGAGAGGAAAUAGCAAAGUUUUGUGAAGAUGCCUGCCCCUCCUCCCCCUCCGCCCCCUCCGCCAACAUUUGCACAGGCAAAUACAGAGAAACCUUCAUUGAGUAGAAAUGAGCAAUCAAGCAGAAAUGCUCUCCUCUCAGAUAUUAACAAAGGAAGAAGGUUGAAGAAAGCUGUAACCAAUGACCGGAGUGCCCCUGUUUUUGACAAGCCAAAAUCUUCUCCUGGAGGCGGAGGUGGUGGUGGCGGUGGUGGCGGUGGUGGCGGUGGUGGAGGAGGUGGUGGAGGAGGAGGAGGUGGAGGACCACCUGGUUUAGGAGGAUUGUUCCAAGGAGGAAUGCCAAAGCUUCGAUCUGCAGGAUCCAGGGAAAAUGACUCAGGGGGCAGUAGACCACCACUGUUACCACCUGGUGGAAGAACUUCAUCACCUAGGCCAUUUAUACCUCCAGGUGGAAGUCCAAGAGGCCCGGCACCCCCUACAGGUAACAGGGGUAAUGUUCCAGAUAUUCCAAGAAACCGCAUGCCUCCACCAAGAAAUGAUUUUAGUUCCAGAGCAGAUAAUACACCUCCUGCUGUCCCCAAUAUUCCCAAACCAAUCGCUUCAAGUCUACACAACAGAGGUCCACCACCAGUGCCAGGAGGAAGUAGGUUAAGCCCAGCGGUGUCUCCUUCAACUGUAACGUCGUCUAGACCACAGGGAUUUGGAGGAAUCAAACAGCAAGCGUCAACACCUCCACCAGUUCCUUCCAUGAACAGGCCACCACUUCCUCUAACUCCUUCCCGCUCUUUAGAGGACAGACCACCACCGCCACCUCCAACAACAAACAGGCCACCACUUAGCAGAGAUGUACCCCCACUUCCACCACCUCAGAACAAUAAGCCUCCUGUUCCGUCAACACCAAGACCAAUCUCUGGAUCACAGGCUCCACCUUUGCCCCCAGGACGACCAGGACCUCCUCCACUUCCUCCUACACCCAGUCCCAUGGAAGAUGCAUUAAGGCCUCCACAGCGUAAUUUGUCUUUACCUGGUGCUCCUCCACCUGCUUUAUCGCCUACAAGGUCUGGUCCUCCACCUCCUCCCCCACCUAAUGAAAGACCCCCACCUCCUGUUAGAGACCCACCUUCCAGAUCAGGACAACUUCCACUACCCCCUCCUACAACUAGAAAUGGUUUCAGCCCUCGAGCGUCUAUAGGUCCACAGCCACCAUCAAGAGUUGGGUCGGAAAGGGGUGUAUCAAGACCUCCACCACCUCCAGAAAGACCAGUGGGUUCUUUACCUCCACCUCCUCCGCCAUCCUUGGUUAGAAAUGGUUUUCAAGAUUCAUCUUGUGAAAAUGAUUGGGAGAGACGAUUCUCCUUCCAUCCGCUGUCUGAUUUACCUCCACCAGAGCCUUUUGUGCCAGUAAAUAAAACAUACCCCAGCCAACUUGGCAGAGGGGAAAGCAGAAGUGGAUCUACCAGAAAAGAAAGAGGAGCCCCUCCUUUACCUCCCAUUCCAAGGUGAAUUGGCUUUUAACAUCCUACGGAUACCUACUGGGGAUUAUCUGAUGUCUUUCACUUGCUUUAUACUUUGGAAUCUUAUUCUAACAAAGGUAUAAACAGCAAGUUAUCAUGUAGGUACUGUAGCCACCAAAUCAAAUGGAACUAAAUCGAUGAAUUGCCGUUAAUAACAGCCAAAACCUUGCUGUUACUGAGAGAAUUAAAACUAUUUCAAACCCAGAAAAUAGAGUUAUAUUAUAAUUUUGGGCCUUGUACCUUCUCAGGCAAUUGCAUAGUUUAUAACAAUUGCCUCUUGAAAAAAAGGACCUUUUUCAUGUUUUAAUCCACAUGUUAACUUCAGAUAAAAACAUAUUGGCAAUGGCUGAAAUUUUGUGAUAUUAAAGGGUUAUAAAAUAACAUUUAUGUUUUAUAUUUGAAAUUUGCAGAUACUGUGUGUUUUGUUCUUACAGUGUAUACUGACCUUGCGUUAAAGAUCAGUGCAAGGCAGGACAGGGAUCAUGAAACUGAGACAUUGCACUGACACCAAUAGCACUGAGCUCUAUGCUCCCACAACCUUAUGGCUAUAUCAGUAACUAGCAACAUAGUGUUGUCAGCUACACACGUGACUAAAGUCACUGGUUUGUGUUAAAGUCGCUGGGUUGUGGGACUACUAAAGUUUAUGCAUAAUUUAUAUAGAGGAGAUUAUGACCUAUGUAAAGUACAUAAAGUAAACUGCCACUGUUGCAAACAACAACUGAUGUAGCAAUACACUCCUAACGUUCUCCCGAUGCCAAUGAAUGUCAGCUGGAUUCUAGCACAGGUAUAUAUCCGGAAUGCUUUCCGUAAUUUGGGUCUCCUUACCGUCUGCUAAAAAUAAUUUAAACAUUAAAUAGAGUUGAUUUGCUACCAAUAAGAAUUCAUACAGCUUAGUUAGGAUUAAUGGUUUUAUUAUUACAGACAAAAAGGAAAUCAUUUUUAAAAAUAACAAUUAUUUGCUUAAAACAGACUCUAUGGGAGAUAACCUUUCCAUAAUUCAGAGCUUUGUGGAUAAUGGGUUACUGAAUAAGUAAGUAUAUUUGUAGUUGUAGUGCAAGAACAUCUCAGGGUAGGGGUGUCCAUUAUUGCUCCAAGUAUUAGUACUGGAGUUUAGUAACAGGAUCAGUAUUUCUGGCUUAGUCUUUAGAAUCGUUUUUAUCAACUAAAUGUAAUCAAGAUUUUGGAUUGUUUAUAUCCAGAAAUGUAAUGUGCCUUGUAUAGAGUUAUUAUAUGGAAUACUUUAACAUACAGGUGGCCAGUGAAACAUGCCUUAUGUAACACUUACUGCAUCCCAUUUUAGAUUAAUGCAACUUUUCUCAACAGGCAGUAUAGAAUUAGGGUGGAAACAGACUGUCAGAUGGUUCAUGGUACAUAUAAUGGGUUAAAAAAUAAAGUUAUCUAGCAAUAAAAAUGUAAGGUUUUACUACAAAUCAGAAACCUAUUUGUUUAUUAAAUGGACACUUACCAUCAGUUUUCUUGAUUCUCCUGGGGCUUGCAUCUAAAUAACAAUCUUAUGAGCCAUUUCAUAGAACGCCUGCUCACACAGUGAUGGAGGAUACCAACAGAACGCUCUGCAGGGCAGCAGAGAAUGCAGCACACCACUUUCUGCAUUAUAAAGGGAGAUAUAUCAACCUUACCCUAUUUUAAAACAUAGUAUAUAUGAACAACAUAUACUCAGUAUGAAAGGAAAUCUGAGUGUAUGAAUGAAAUAUAUAUAUAUAUAUAUAUAUAUAUAUAUAUAUAUAUAUUUGUUAGCUAGCUAGCAAAUACAAUGAUAGAAUGCUGAAAUGAGUUUCCGGCUCCCUUGUAGUGAGAAUUCUGUUCAUAUUUCCUAGAUGGGCUGUAAAUAAACACAGACAGCAUGGGAUUCUGCUUCCACCAAGCUCAUUGAUCUAAUUAUGCAGUUUAAAGUUAAAGUACAGUACCUUUCUUUGAUUGUAAUCAGAGCCUGGUUUAUCAACUAAUUAAGAAUUCUGUUAUGAAACAAAUGUCCUUUUUGAGCUCUCACAUUCGACUGCCAUUAUUAUGGUGCUUUGGUGCUGAAGUGAUUCGAUCUUAGGGUGCCUUAAACCAACCAAGCUUUAAACACUCUCUGAGGUGACAAAUACUGCCUUCCUACCACUUCUAACAUAGGGAUAUAUUAAAGCUAGCAAUUCUUGCAAACACCAAAUAUGUGGAUCUUAGCAUUUGCUCACUGGGCCAACCAAUGGAUUACAUAGGGAGCGCUUGCAGAACAGUUUCUGUAGAUUAAAUCUAUGGCCUAAUGCAGUCCUUGGCUUACAUUUGUUUCCCGGCCUGAGGAUACUUGAAUCAGGGUUUUCAUAGGAUCUGAAAAGUUAUGGCUUUGGUCUUUUCAAGGGACAAUCAAUUGCCAGUUUGAUCAAGCACAUGAACUUGCUUUCCUAGAAAAGGUGUCUCGUGACCCUAGUACUGCUGCUCAUUAUUACUGUAUAUACCCUGAAUAAGUAUUAGCACUAGUGGAUUUAACAUGACAGUCUCUGCAUAGUAUAAUUAUUUGCACUCAGGGAGGCCCUUCUAAACUAAAGCUUCCACAUUAGGAAUACAUGAUACUGUCCAUUAUUGUAAAGGUGGUAUAGGCAGUAUAUGCAUGUACAUGUAGGGUCUCUGUUAUGGAAUGUACCCAUGCUCUUAAAUUACCUACUUGCAGGCUAAUGCUGGAUAAUAGACCUCUGGGAAGGGACUGUGUCUGUGGGAUAGCAGGUAUAGUAGGGGGAGAUGGUGCCUAUAGUAGCAGUGGGGGAAGUAAUAGCCUCUGGGAAGGGACUGUGGCUGUGGGAGAGCAGGUAUGGUAGGGAGAGAUGGUGCCUAUAGUAGCAGUGGGGGGAUAAUAGCCUCUGGGAAGGGACUGUGGCUGUGGGAUAGCAGGUAUAGUAGGGAGAGAUGGUGCCUAUAGUAGCAGUGGGGGUAAUAGCCUCUGGUAAAGUCCUGUGGCUGUGGGAUAGCAGGUAUAGUAGGGAGAGAUGGUGCCUAUAGUAGCAGUGGGGGUAAUAGCCUCUGGUAAAGUCCUGUGGCUGUGAGAUAGCAGGUAUUAUUUUUAGCUCUAGUUUUGGCAGGCAAUUUUGGGAGCUGCCCCUUACAUUAGUUAAAGCCUAACAGCUUUUAUAUUCAUGCGGUACCACCUCUAAAUUAAGAUCACUUAAUGCUCAUUGUUUCAGUACUGUUGGUACAAAAUACAAAAAAUAAAUGGGAGUAAUAUGGUGUUUACAUUGCAAUCCAAUACGUGACAGUUAAAAUCAGCCAUGAUAAUAAAAAACAAUUUAUGUUCUGACUCUCUGUAUUUGUUUUUAAUUCAUUAAUUUUAAUGCUGUAGAUGAAGUUGCCACCCGGCUGAUAAGAAUGAUACUUGAUGCCAAUGAUAUUAAAAGGGAUGUUAAAAUAACAGAGAUUCUUGGAAGGCUGGUAUUUUUAUUUACAGAAACAGUGGCAACUGUAGCUACAGAUCUUCUCUAGUAUUGACUGUAAUAAUGUGUAUGUAGUUCAGUAUUGUACUAUAUUGUUACCUUUAAUGUUAUUGUAUAUCAUGUGAUGUAUUGUGUGGCUUAAAAAAUGCAGGGUUUAUGGCCAAUAUAAAAAGCCGAGCUAUGUAGAAUUUACUGGUCCACAUGUCUUAUUGGUUGCUAUGGGUUACUAGGCCUGGAGCAAACUUUGGAAUUUUAUUAUAGUACCCUCUGUAUGUCAGAUUCUGGUGACCAUAAUGGGGUAAAAUGUAACAGUACCGUCCCUCAUUAUGAAAAGAAAAGGUGCUAAUGUUCAGAUAUCACUCUCUACCACUUAACUCCAGGGGUUUUUAAAAAAGGCUGUUGUACUACAGCAUCACCUAGAGCAAUGUAGGCUACCCAUUCCUGACAUAUGCAAUUCACCAGAAAUAUUCAGCCCAUUUUAAUAAAUGUAAUUGUGUAUAUAUGUGUUGGUUGGGGGGGGUCGGGGGUUAAAAAAAAAUUAACAAAGCCUUACGAUGACAGCAGAGCUGACAGAGAAAGGGGUUAACAGACAAAUCUAUGCAUUCUAAAGAACAAGUAUAAAUGUUACCAAAGAUGUGGAAGAUGCAAAAAAAUAUCCUUUUAUCAUUUUGUAUUAAAAUAAAGCUUUACAAGCCUUUUGGAAUUCUGAA